AUGUGGAGUUUCCGACAGUCGCAGAUGGUGACAGCGUUUGUGAGCAUGCGGCGAGCUCGAGUCAUCAUGCUGGCGACGGCGCUUGUGAGCAUGCGGCGAUAUCGAGUCAUCAUGAUGGCGACGGCGUUUGUGAGCAUGCGGCGAGCUCGAGUCAUCAUGAUGGCGACGGCGUUUGUGAGCAUGCGGCGAGCUCGAGUCAUCAUGAUGGCGACGGCGCUUGUGAGCAUGCGGCGAGCUCGAGUCAUCAUGAUGGCGACGGCGCUUGUGAGCAUGCGACGAGCUCGGGCCACCGUGGCGACAGCAUCUGUUCAGAACAUUUCCAUCAGAGCCUGCCAGUCUCUCAUGAUCACAACAUUGACAUUGCUCCUCGACGGGGUCGAAAACCAAGGUCGGCACGUCCAGAGAGUCAGUUGCGACAAUAUAUCAUAG